AUCCUUCCAAAAAUGAACGCUCAUAGUUGCGUGUUGGAUUUUCAAUUAUCUAAACCCUUUAACAAAACUAAGGUUACAUCAUCAGAAAUUCGUUGGGAUAAGAUAACUGAAUUCUCAAAUGCCGAUCUAGUUUAUUCGCUAAAGAGAGUAGUUUGCCACAACAUUCAUCAUGGAAGUUAUCUGGCGAAGAAACAAAUGCUUCCUUCUACUUUGUACAGAUACUGGCUCAUUGAUCAGACACUGCGCAUUUCACAAAUAUGAACUAGGGAAAAUCUUUCUGCUUUCGAAAGUCUCGGAUGACACGGUACCAUGGCAACAUCAUCACUUUCCCCUCCAGAUGCCAAUGCACAAAAAGCAAUUAUCGAGCCCCUUCUUUCGAAACCUUAUGUCGAAGGGGAUUUCUGGUACGCAAUCGUUGCAGAUUGGCUGAAUCAAUGGAAACGCUAUGUCGGGAUUGUGUCAUUGAGAAAAUACUACCAUGAUCGGGCGACCCCUGGUCCCAUCAUAACCACAAAGGAAUUUUCCCACAGCAUAGACCCAAUACACGAAGAUGCAUGGAAACUGCUCUUGCAAUGGUAUGGGCUUACGGAUGGUCAUAAAAUCACAAAGAAGGUUGUCUAUUCGUACGGUGGCAAAUAUGAGCUGGAAUCUAAUCUCAAUAGUUUCAAAAGUGGUAAGGCUAAUUCUGUCGUUGCAGAUACCCACGUGCUAAAAUUUAGCAAACUAGAAAAAGUAGGACAUGUUGAGUUCAGGCUGAGACAACUAUAUUCGAUCAAAACUGAUGAAUGCACCAGAUUAUGGGGUAAAUGUAUGGAGACUGACACGUUGUGGAAACCCUUGUUCAACAGGGACAAGGCAAUCGGGAAGGAACUGAUGAUAGACUCUGACUUCAUUCGUUCUGCCGUGGCUAUCGAGAUACGUGAUCCUGAUGAAGUAUGGCGAAAUCGCCCAGCUCACGCUCAAAAGCUUCAAGAGAAUGCGACUGGAAAACUCUGUGAUCACAGCAUAUUUGAAGAGGUGACGACGAAUUGGGAACUAGACAUACAUAAUGAAAUCGACGCCCUAGGGAAAACAUUUCUGGAAAAACUCCAUACAAACUUCAAUACAUUUCUAGAUAAGGGUAAAGAUUUCAUUGCGGAGAAACAAAGCGUUCUUGAACACAAAGACAAAUCUCUAAACAAGGAAGAAGAAAAGCUGGCUGAAAAGCUGAAGAAAUUAGAGAUACGUGAAAGAAAACUAGAGAGAGACUUAGAGAGACAAGAACAUAACGUAAGAGAAUUUCAAAAAGAUUGUGAAUCAAGAAAAGAAGAGCUCACUAAACAAUGGGAAGUUCUGGAGGUUGCUCGUGCUAAGCUCAUAGAAGACAGGACAACAUUUGAUACUGAACUGAAAAACAUGGCCGAGCUACAUGCGAUUCAAGACAGUCGCAUCAAAUUGGACAUCGGUGGCCACAUUUUCACCACAUCUGUCAUGACUCUAACUAAGGACCCAGAUUCAAUGUUGGCAGCAAUGUUUAGUGGAAGACAUCGUUUGAAAGAGGAAAAAGAUGGAAGCCAUUUUAUCGACAGAGACGGAACUCAUUUCAGAUACAUACUCAACUAUCUACGCGAUGGAGGAGUCCAGGAGGGAACUCUUCCGAAGAACGAGAAUGUAUGGAGGGAACUACUUACAGAGGCGGAAUACUACCAAAUCGAAGGACUCCGACAAUAUCUUAUGAAACUGGUGUAUAAGAAAAGAUACUAAUGUCAAGUGUUAAAGUGACUUUAAUAUGCUUGAUUUACAUGUGUGAUGCGUUAACUAGGGUGAAAAUCAUCGAUGAUGAAGUAGCACUGCUUGAUCACAAACUAAUAUAUAUUUUCUUGUUAUUCAUACAUUUAUUAUUUGAAUAAAAUAAAAUGCACAAUAAAUUAAAAUUGUCACUCGAUUCACAUUGCAUCCCUUUUGA